AUGAAUCAGGAAAAAGACGAAAUAGUUACAAUGGACGACGAGAAUAAAGAUGUCGGUGUUACCAGUGAAACAACAACGAACAGUGGUUCAAACAAACAUCCAGCAGAAACAGAUGAUGAUGAAGAAGAUGAACCAGUUUAUAUUGAAUCAAGUCCAUGUUCUCGAUGGCAAAAACGACGUGAAACAGUUGCUCAACGUGAUAUACAUGGUAUUGAUGCAUCUUAUUUAGCAAUGGAUACAGAAGAAGGUGUCGAAGUUGUUUGGAAUGAAGUUUUAUUUUCUGAAAGAAAAAUUAGUGAUGUUCAACAUAAUAAAAUUAGUGAAGUUUUUGAUAAAUUAAUUGAAUUAAAUCAUAUGAAUAUUGUUAAAUUUCAUGGAUAUUGGCAAGAUCGUACAAUCAAUGAUGAUCGCCAACGAGUUGUUUUUAUAACAGAAUACAUGUCAAGUGGCUCAUUGAAACAUUUUUUACGUAAAACAAAAAAAGCUAAACAAAGUUUAUCAAAAAAUUCUUGGAGACGUUGGUGUACACAAUUAUUAUCAGCACUUAAUUAUUUACAUUCUUGUGAAGAACCAAUUAUUCAUGGUAAUCUAACAUGUGAUACGAUAUUUAUUCAAAAUACUGGUCUUUUAAAGAUUGGAUCAAUUCAUUUUCCACAGUUGAAAGCAUUUGCUGAUGUGGGCAUCGUUGCUCCGGAUGUGUUACAUCGCCAUGUGAAACGUAUUACAGAUUCAGCAGCAAAAAAUUUACAUUUUCAAGCACCGGAAAUUAAUACAGAAUUAAAUCAUAUUACAGCAGCCGUAGAUAUUUAUUCACUUGGAAUGGUUACACUUGAGAUGAUAAAUCUUGAUCUUGGUGGAAAUGGUGAUAUACAUUCAGUGACAGAUGAUGUUGUGAACGAAGCUAUUCAAACACUUGAUAAUCCCAUUCAAAAGGAUCUUAUAUUAAAAUGUCUUGAACCCGAUCCAAUAAAACGACCAACAGCACGUCAAUUACUUUUUCAUCCAGCAUUAUUUGAAAUUCCUUCAUUAAAACUUCUCGCGAUUCAUUCAUUAGCUGAUGAUAUUCGUUUAAAACCAGAUCGUUCAUUUGUUUCUCCAAUUGUUACUCCAAUAUCAAAUGAACAAGUCUUUGCUGAGCUAGAAUCAAAUCGAGAUGGUGUUAAACCAGUUAUUUAUACUUACAAAGACUGCCCAUCCUUGGAUCUAGAUAAAUUACUUGAAGAUGUUCAAAGUGGUUUAUAUCCAAUAACAGCCUAUCAUCUUUUAUUUCCUACACAAAGUUCAGUAACAGUACCAACACGAACAAAUAUAUCGGAUAAAAUUUUAACAUCAUCAACAUCAUCAUUAUCAUCACUAAUAUCAACAACAACAGAAAAUGAUUUACAAACUCCUGUACAAACAAUAACAGAUUCAUCCAUAUUUCUUGCAAAUCAUAUUAAUGAUACAAAUUCAUUGAUAUCAAAUCAAGAAAGAACAACUUCAUUUAUUAAUGAUAUUGAACAUAAUCGUCGAGAAUCUAUAUCAGUAUCAACAGGAAAUACUAAUAAUACUAACAAUAAUACGAAUAAUAGUCAUCAUCAUCAUCAUCAUCAUCAUCCACUAAUAAUACCAGAUGAAAAAGAAAAUCGACGUAUUAUCGAUAUACAAUGUAAAAUCAAAACAAAAGAAACUGGUUUAUGCUUAUUAGUUAUUAGUGUAAAAUUUCAAGAUCGACUACAACGUGAUAUGACUGCAGAAAUAGAACAAGAUGAAACACCUAAUGGUAUUGCGAAAGAAUUAUUAGAUCUUGGUCUAAUUCAUGAGAAUGAUUAUAUACGAGUUGAACAAUCUAUUGAUAAAGCAUUUCAUACAACAAUAACAUCACCAGAUGUAAUAAAUGGAACAUCAACAUCAUUACUUGAUGUAAAAAAAACAGCUGUAGUAGCUGCGACAGCAGCAUUGAUAACAGCACAAGCAUUACAAAAUCAAAUGAAUACAACGCCAACAAAUGGAACAAUCAUCAAUGGAAAUAAUACAACAACAAAUACGCCAUCACAAUCAGUAAUGUUUUUACCGCCUUAA